AUGGACACCGACUUGCGUAAUCGUAAUGGAACAGAAACGUUAAAUCACGAAGCAACUAAGAAACAUAGGCAUGUCAAGGAUCCUCGCAGUAUGGUCUUUAAGACGAAAGAAUUCAAGACGAGGGAGUCUCUUCUCAGCGUCCUUUUUCGUGAAACUGAAAUGGGCGUGGUCUACAACAUUUUUGCCGCCAUCUUCGUACUGUUCUUCCUCAGAGCCCUCAUCGAUGAUAUCUUCACGCAUGGCAUGCCAUUCCAUCAUUUCUGGUUGAUCGCUUGGAACUUCAAGCACUUCUUACCAACGAUGUUCGUUUGGUCUUUGAUGUUUUUUUCUACCUUCGUGCCCUAUGCAGCAUUCAAAAUUUGGGCUCACGCUCCUUCAAAAGCGGUCAACAUGAAAUCCGAGAUUAUGACGAAAAUGGAAGGUGAGAUGGAAAAUAGUGCGAUGAAGGCGAAAAAAGGACGGAAAGAGACCAGAAAAAUGAAGAAGAACGGGGCGUCUGGACGCUAUACAGUGUGUGUCAGUGCGUAA